AUGCACACUUCGUCAUUGCAACUGCGGCGACGUGGUGCUGGAAUCAUUGGCCUUCCCAAUGUUGGAAAGUCUACUCUGUUUAAUGCCCUCACCUGCAGUCAGCAGGCAAAAACAGGAAAUUUCCCAUUUUGUACCAUAGACGCCAACCUUGCCCGCGUCCCUGUUGCGGAUGAUCGGCUGCGCCGGCUGGCAACCUUUAGCGGGGCGCAUAAAAUUGUUGACGUCGAGAUCGACCUCGCGGAUGUGGCGGGCCUCAUUGAGGGGGCGUCAAAAGGCGCAGGUCUUGGAAAUAAGUUUCUCAGUGAUAUUCGGCCAUGCACCAUUCUUUUGCAUAUGGUGCGUUGCUUUGAGAGCGCUAGAGAUGGAUUCGGUACACCAACGCCACUGGAAGAUGUCUGCACUAUUGUAAAUGAGCUGGUGCUGGCGGAUCUGGAAGCAAUGGAAAAAAUUCUUAGUAAGCAAGCGAAGAUACGAAAGGUUGGAGAUCCCUCACUGGUGAUUUGCCAACGCGUCGUAUCAUGGUUGCAGGAAGGCAAACCUGCGGCGGAUAUGUCGUUGAAGACUGACGAAGAGCGUCAGAUUUUACAGCAGUACAAUCUUCUCUCCGCCAAACCCAUGAUGUUUGUUCUUAAUACAGAUGAAUCGACUAUUGCGAGUGGAAACCGCUACACGCAUAUGGUUGAGAGUGCGCUUGGCUCUGAACGGACGUGUCGUGUGUGCGCUUCUUUGGAAGAGCAAACAUCUCAACUUAACUCCCGCGAGGAGCGGCUUCUCUUUUUGAAAGAAUAUGGAGUAGAUACACCGCAUGGCGAAUUGCUACUGCGCCGGGCCUAUAAACUACUACGACUGCAGUCCUUCUUCACAAUUGGUCCGCAGAUGGCUCACGGCUGGACCACACGCGUAGGAGCGACGGCAAAAGAGGCUAGUGGCGAAAUUCACUCCGACAUGGAGCAGCACUUUCACCGGGCAAAAAUAAUGGCAUGGGAUAAAUUUAUUGAACAACCAAAUCUCGAGGCGGCAGAGCUUAAAAUGGCCUAUGUGGAUGCCACAUACACCAUGCAAGAUGGUGAUAUUAUGAUUGUUGAGCAUGGAGCCUCGCGAUAA